AGUCACAGUCCCGCCGCGGCGCUGGUCCAUCGCCCGUCGCCCCGCGUACGCCUCACCGCCUCGUCGCUCGCUACACGGUACCCGCCACUCGAUAACUUAUCAACAAAUAAUUGCAUGAAGUCAUCGAUUAAAUUAAGUGCCGCCGCGAUACAGCGCUCCUUGCUCACGCUAACCGACGCUCGCCAAUAUAAACUAUCCAACAAAUGUUCCUUCUACCAGGAUUCAGAGUGAACUUGUGGUGCUGCACGCAUGUUAAAGUUUGACAGUGAACUCUACAAGUGUCCGUGAAAAAGUUUCUUGCGAUCCGAUUGGCUGAAUUUGUUUUGAUAAUUUUCUUGUGCUGAAAGUGAACAAGAUGAAUGGAACUCCCGCUAGAAGACCCAAGAGCGCGUUUUCGGAGACGGGCGUGCGGAUAAAGGAGGUGUCAGAAGGGAGGCCCUGCGACAACUGCCCCGAACUGUGUCCCGGUUUCAUCUCGCAUCCCUGGAGGAAGACAUGCAAGUCAUGCGGCUGCGACCGGCUGCAGCACUCGGUGUACCACGAGGAGCUGGGCUCCGUGCGCGACCGGCUCGGCCUGCGCGACGCACGACUUAACCACCACACCUAUGACAGCCCUCCCGGACUCACUGCCAAGCAGACGGAAUUAUAUUGGGCUUCGCUAGCCGAGCGAGCGCCGACUAGCGUAGGGGGCGCCACUGGGUCGGCGGCGUGGCGCGCGUGGAGAAUCCGAGCUUUAGCCAUGCAGUUACCCAAACAAGACCUAUCUCUAUCUCACUGCCGACAUAUAGAUGAACAGCAUCGUAAGCAGUUUGAAGAUUUUGUUUCGGCCAGGAACGAAAUUGCUCUAGACAUCGGUCUAGCUUGCCAGCAUCAUGGUGCUUCUAUUGAAUGCAUGGGAUGCAACAAACCUAUUCGGAGUGGAAGUAUUAUGGUUCAAGCUCCAAGGAUAGGGGAAGAGGUGGCGUUCCACCCGGCAUGCUUUACGUGCUCGGAGUGCGAUGAGCUGCUGGUGGAGCUGGCGUACUGCGCGUUGGAUGGCCGGCUCUACUGCGUGCGCCACUACUCCGAGCGCCUCAAGCCGCGCUGUCACGCCUGCGAUGAGCUAAUUUUCAGCGGCGAAUACACGAAGGCGAUGAACAAGGACUGGCACAGCGGUCACUUCUGCUGCUGGCAAUGCGACGAGUCGCUGACCGGUCAGCGCUAUGUGCUGCGCGACGACCACCCCUACUGCAUCAAGUGCUACGAGAGCGUCUUCGCCAACGGAUGCGAGGAGUGCAACAAGAUCAUCGGCAUUGACUCCAAGGACCUGUCGUACAAGGACAAACAUUGGCAUGAGGCGUGUUUCCUGUGCGCCAAGUGCCGCGUGUCGCUCGUCGACAAGCAGUUCGGCUCCAAGCUUGAGAAGAUCUACUGCGGCAACUGCUAUGACGCACAGUUCGCCAGCCGCUGCGAUGGCUGCGGAGAGGUCUUCCGUGCUGGCACUAAGAAGAUGGAGUACAAGACCCGGCAGUGGCACGAGAAGUGCUUCUGCUGUGUCGUGUGCAAGAACCCAAUCGGCACUAAGAGCUUCAUCCCGCGUGAGCAGGAGAUCUACUGCGCUGGCUGCUACGAGGACAAGUUUGCCACACGCUGCGUCAAGUGCAACAAGAUAAUAACUCAAGGCGGCGUGACAUACAAGAACGAGCCGUGGCACCGCGAGUGCUUCACGUGCACGCACUGCGACACGUCGCUGGCGGGACAGCGCUUCACGUCGCGUGACGACAAGCCCUACUGCGCCGACUGCUUCGGCGAGCUCUUCGCCAAGCGCUGCACGUCAUGCACCAAGCCCAUUACUGGUAUCGGCGGUACUCGCUUCAUCUCGUUCGAGGACCGACACUGGCACAACGACUGCUUCAUCUGCGCGCAGUGCAGCGCCUCGCUCGUCGGCAAGGGCUUCAUCACUGACGGCCAGGACAUCAUCUGUCCCGAGUGCGCCAAGCAGAAGCUCAUGUAAAUACCGCACCUCGCCCCGCCCACCGCGCGCCACGCCCCGCACCGCCCCGCCCACUCGCACACACAUACACACACUUUAAAGUAUACUAAUUUACGAUAAUAAUAACAUUGUACAAAGAAAACAACGAACAACAACACAAAUUAUAAAUCAACGAUUUUAUUGCGAUACGAUCCGAUCAUGUGUGCGUGUCACUAACGCUUAACAUCUCAACAUUGAAGUGUUAAAUCAUCUGCAUUGGCGGUAGAUUGUAACCUAAUAAAUGUGAUGCCUGGACCACGCAAGAUCUGUAAAGGAAUUAAUAUCUACCAAGAUAUAUUAUAUCUUCAUCUUGCCUAUUUACAAGAGAAUAAAAUAUUUUUAGAUGUUUUUGGUAGAAUUUACUAGCUUUAGCCUCGCCUCACGUGGACUCGCGGGCUUACAGCUUGGUGUGUUCCCGCUAAAUGUAUGAAAUGCUCACGAUGUUCUUGUUCACAUUUGCUUGUGCAGCGACAAAACGAUCCUACCGUUAGUCGCUAAAGCGCGGGAGUGGUGCGCGUUCCGAGAGCAGGGCACCGCGGGCGAGACCCUGCCCGACCUUGUCGACAAAACCAAUUUCAGAAAGGUCAUCCCUAAAUAACAUCUGACCGAUAUUUUUAUAAAGAAAAAAAAAGAAAAUGACAAAAAAAUGUGGAUGCACAAAUAAAGUAUUUAAUUUCGCUUCAUAUUACAGAAUUUUUAUUUAAGUUGUUUAUAUAUAUUGUUUGUUUUUAACUGUUGUUACUAAUUACGAUACAUCCACGCAGCCCAUACUUAUGUAAUUAGUUACGAUCGCUAAUCGCUGCGUUACACCGCUUCGGCUGUCUUAGACCUUCAGAUUAUUCUGUUAUAUUGUCAAUUCGUCUAGUGCAAUUCACACGUUGCCUUAAUAACAUAUCUAAGUCAAUUUGAAGAAUAUAUGUAUUUUAUUUAGUGUUCAUUGUCAUGUUUGAAGAUUAACGCGAGCCGUGUACCGACCCGCGGUAUAUUUUCAUAUUUAUUGCCAGAGUACUCGCGACUCCGGCGAGCUAUUUCAUCGAUAUAUUGCAUAACAUUGUAUAAGUGUAAGAAAUUUAAAAAAUAGUAAGUGUUAAGUAUUUAUUUUUAUGAGAAGGCACUUAUUACGCUGAGGGGAGGUAGAGGGGGGCCGCCGAGGUUGCCAUGUCGCGAUGUCGCGCAGUAGUAAAGUUGCCAUACGCCCGGCGGCCGGAGCUUCCUAACACUUAAAUAAGCGACUUACGUCGACUAGUUGCUACUAAUAAAAUAUUAAAAUUAUUUUUCGUUGUCAAACAGGACUUUGUUACGAUAAUUGAGAUGUUAUCGAUAUUUUUACAUUAUAUUUUCUAGUGUUAGAGAUAAGUAACAUCAGAGUUUCGAGACGACCACGACAUGUUUGGGGAUCACUUUAUAAGGGUUAAUUGUUAAGGGUUAAAUUAUUCAGAUGUUGAAAGUAUAUUUAUAAUAAAUGUGUACACAUAUAAACAAACCGCUUACCUGUGUGAUCUGAUCUAAUUAAUCUUUGUAUAAUCUGUACCCGUACGUCAUUGUAUAAACUAUCAAAUUUAAAUAAAACUAUUAAAAAGUAACUUAAU